AUGACUGACAGCACCGUGACCACAUGGACACCAACCUCCGAAGCUGAGAUCAAAGCCAAAGAAGCGUUCGAGAGUCUCAGUGAAUCAGUGGAUCGUAUUGUCUCCCGCAACGCUGUUGGAGAACCAGCCAGAUUCAUUCUUAACUCAAAGGGAUAUUUUGCCGUCAAGGACUAUGCAGAAACUGGCAAAUCGUUUCCCACCACCGACGAAGAAUUCGAGAAACAGAUCAGUAAAAGUGCCUUUCAUAAACUUACCGAUGCGGAUCCUGAUAUAUACGCGACGACUCGAAAGACAAUGGUGAACAUCGGCUCGAGCUGCUCUGAUUUCGCUAAGAACCAUCUUACCAGUCUCAUCAGUUGUGCACAGGACGCUAUCCAAUAUAGCGACAACGCUACCACGUGGCUUUCUGGUAUGGAUAACGUAAACUUGCGUUCACAGUUGGAGAUACUAUUCAAUGAGAAGUACACCUCCAAAGACACCCAGGAUGAUGCCUACAGAAAUGCCUUGGAGAUUGCAAACGCGUCGCUCAAUGUACUCAAGAGUGAGGCUUUAGAGAAGAAAGAAGCAACAAAGAAGGUUCUUGAAGCACUGUUGCGUUUCCAAAAUGAGACGAUAUCAAACCACAGUGACAUGGAAUACCUCGUCACCCAGUAUGAGACGGGUCCAGUCAAGGCAAACAGUAUCACCUCAGACCCGUUUCUGAAGUAUUUGAAUGCCGAUCUGCAAGAGAAAAAGAAUUCUCUGCUGGGUCUCAUCACAGAACAGAACGACAAAUACGAAGCCUGGCAAAUACAUACAGGCGUCGCGUGCGGCUCAGUAGUGGUACCAAUUAUUGGAUGGAUCAGCAUGGCUGUCAAUACCGGAUUCGCCAUUGCGCGCCGCAAUGAGUAUGAGGAACUCGUCAAACAGGUCAACAAAGCCAAGACAGACAACCAAGAAGAAACUGAUCUGAUCGAGUACGUCAGUAAAAUGGUAACACAAGGCAAAGGUAUAGAGAAAAAGAUGGAAGCUGCUGUCGCCGCAAUGCAAGAGCUGCACGAUCUAUUCUCCAACCAGUCAGAGUGCUUUGACAAGGUUGCGACUUACCUCUCAGGGAUGCAGGCGGGCGUCAAGUUGGACAGUCUCACGAGCAGAAAAUUAUUCGUCAUGAACUCCAUGACAUCCGCACUCAAAAAGCUCAAAGAUCUGAAACAGGUUGCACAAGAAUUUGUCACUAAUGCUGUUCAUUCCAUCGAUCUUACUAAGAAAGAAUGA